AUGGCAUAUCCAUCGCGGAGAUCUCACCUUUUAUUUGCAGAGGACUGCUUUUUAUUUUUCAGGGCAGAGGAGAAGGAAGCACAAGUUAUGAAGAACAUUUUUCAUAAAUAUGAAAUAGCAUCCGGGCAAGCCAUUAGCCUUUCAAAGUCUGAAGUUUUCUUUAGCACUGUUGUUCCAUCUCCUAUUAAGGAUACCAUCACCAACAUCCUAGGAGUCAGAGCGGUAGUGGGAACUGGGAAAUAUCUUGGUCUUCCGUCUAUGGUGGGUCGAAGCAAAGAGGCAACAUUUGGUUUCAUUAAGGACUGUAUUUGGCACAAAAUUAAUAGUUGGAGUAGCAAGUGCUUAUCCAAGGCUAGUAGAGAGGUAAUGAUCAAAUCAGUACUCCAGUAUAUUCCAUCUUAUAUUAUGAGUGUAUUUUUGCUCCCAGAUAAAGCUAGUUGA